AUGGACCGGGAAUGUGGGCCGUUGACAGCGGGGCAACACAUCACAUCUGCCACGACAAGUUCAAGUUUUGCAAGCUUGGUCGAAGGCAAUGAUGGCGAGAUCCUGGUGGCUGAUGGCAACAAGGCGGCCAUCAAAGGUGUGGGGACCAUCGUGGAAAAGGUGAUUCUGCCAAACGGGGAAGAGCGCGAGAUCGAGAUCAAGAACGCGCUCUAUGUGCCCAGCAUGAGCAAAAAUCUGCUCUCGGUGCCGCAGAUUAACAAGCACGGCAACUUCCAAGUGGUGUUUGACGGGGAUACGAUGUACGUCGCUCGCAAGGAUUCCAAUCAAGUGGUGGCAGCUGCGGAUCUUGUAGACGGACUCUACUGGCUUCGCACGACGCAGCGAUCGGCCAAUGCGACAUCACUCAGCAACGCUGUUGAUCUACAUGCGCGAAUGGGCCAUGCUCCAGUCGACGUGCUUCGCAGGAUGGUGACAAGCCACAUGAUCAAGGACGCUCACAUCCCUUCCAAGCCGAAUGGAUCAAGUGUGUGUCGAGGAUGCCAAGAAGGGAAGAUGGUCCAAAAACCAUUCCCGAGCAACAGUGACAAGCGCACCUACAACACCUUCGAGAUGCUCCACUUCGACAUCUGCGGACCCAUGGAAAAAAAAAUCUCUGGGUGGCAGCAAGUAUCUGCUGCUGAUCGUGGAUGA